CUAAAGACGCCAAGAGCCCAAGACUCACGCCAUUUGACAUUUCCAUUACAUUACUUGCUUACUCCUGGUUAUAUCAUUUUGAAAAUUCAAGAAUUUUCUGGGAUAAUUCGAGAUUCGAUUCGAUAAGCAUCAUAAAGAAAUUAGGUUUUAUUUGAAAUAAACCUAGAUUUAAAUAACCUUCAGCAUGGGUGUCAACGUGGAAACUAUUUCACCUGGCGAUGAGGCAACCUAUGCAAAAAAAGGUCAAACCGUUGUAGUCCACUACACUGGUACAUUAACUAAUGGACAAAAAUUUGACUCAUCCCGUGACCGUGGAAAGCCAUUCAAGUUUAAGAUUGGUAAGGGAGAGGUUAUCAAAGGCUGGGAUGAAGGCGUGGCAAAGAUGUCUGUUGGUGAACGAGCCAAGUUAACCUGCACUCCAGACUAUGCAUAUGGUCAGCAAGGACACCCAGGUGUCAUACCCCCUAACUCUACUCUUAUCUUUGAUGUGGAGCUCUUGCGCCUUGAGUAAUGCCAUAAAAGUACAACAACUCUACUUAUUAAUAGUUUGUCAGCUAGACACAUUGAGCACAUUAAAAGUUCUUUUCCUGUUUAUUGAUUGUUUCAAGCUUGUACCUUUAACAAUCACCAAAGAACAAUUAAGUGCAUUUUAUGGUAUAAUUAUUUUGGAUACUGUGAUGACAAUUAUUUAUGUUAUAUCACUAAAAGCUUACGCUAACAUUUAAGUAAUAAAUAUUGACAAACAUUU